UAAGCUGAAAAAUAUAAGCAACUAGAUUUAACAGCAGCACGACCAGGUUGCUUGAUCAACGUUAAAUUUCACGUGGAAACCUCGAAAACUAUGUAUUCAACCUCAUCAACAAACAACAUAUAGAGGUAGACAUAUAUAAACAAAACAUCAGAGGUUGUCAUGUCCUCAAACAUGAUUGAAGAACUAUUUGUCCUCAACAAGGACUAUGAGGACAAUAUCAAAUCUAUUAAGAAGAAAUCUCCAUUAACAUUGAAGUUGGUAAUUUUAGUCUUAGCUUCUGUUUAUGCAAUAUACAUUUUUUCAAUUAAUUUAGAGCAACCAAUGGUUGAUCUCAUUCGCUCAAGAACCAAACUGUUGGAACUAAGAGUCACCAACCAGUCAUGCCAUCCUUCUCAUGUUGAAGAUUUGGAACUCCCCUACUUGCAUUAUCCACACCCCAAAACUUUCAACAGGGAGGAAUGUGGAUGCAAUCCGGUGAGGUUUUUUACAAUCAUAUCAAUGCAAAGAUCUGGGAGUGGGUGGUUUGAGACACUUUUGAAUAGUCACAUUAAUAUAAGUUCCAAUGGGGAGAUAUUUUCUGUACCCAAAAGAAGGGAAAAUAUUUCAUCAAUUUUGAAGACACUUGAUAAGGUGUACAAUCUUGAUUGGUUUACUAGUGCUUCUAAGAAUGAGUGCAACUCAGCUGUGGGUUUCAAGUGGAUGCUUAAUCAGGGUUUGAUGGAGCAUCAUAAGGAGAUAGUAGAAUACUUCCAAAGAAAAGGAGUUUCUGCAAUAUUCCUUUUAAGAAGGAAUUUGCUAAGUAGAUCAGUAUCUGUGCUAGCAAAUUCCUAUGACAAACAUGCCAAACAGCUCAAUGGAACCCACAAAUCUCAUGUCCACUCCACAAUAGAGGCUGAAGUUCUUGCCAAAUACAAGCCAUGGAUUAAUACCACAUUACUAAUGGUAGAGCUAAAGCAAACAGAAGAGACAGCUUCAAAAGCCAUUGAAUACUUUAGCAACACUCACCACAUUGUUCUCUACUAUGAGGAUCUUCUCAAAAAUGGCAUGAAACUCGAGGAUGUUCAAGAAUUUCUAGGAUUGCCAUAUAGAAAUCUGCAAAGCCGUCAGUUUAAGAUUCACACUGCACCGUUGUCAAAGCAAAUUGAAAAUUGGGAUGAAGUACAAGAAGCGCUAAAAGAAACAUCAUACGAGAGUUUUCUCAAUUCAGACUAAAACGAAUGUUUUCGCUGGAAUAACAUAUAAGCAAAAAUAAUUUAAAAGUUUCUAAAUCAUUUUUGUUUAUACUUCAUAUCGGAGAGAGUAGUAUAUAAGAGACAACGGUUUAUUGACACGAAUGAACAGUGACAGCUCCUUGUGUAGUUUGAGCAUACAAAUGAUUCUAUUUCUUAGACUAGCAAGAUGAUUUUUUGUUACAACACACUUGAAAUAUCAACUUUUUGUUUAGGGAAACACUUCAAAGAUACAUAUAGCUAUACAUUUUACAUA